AUGGCUUUGAGUCCGUUAGCUUGGAGGGUGAUGAUAACGGUUGUUGUUGUGGCUUUGUCUCUCACUUUCGCUCCGAAUUUGUGCUUGGUUAGUACUUCUGCACAUGAUGCUUGUGGCGCUGAGAAGAAGAGAAGAGAGCCGGGAUCAUCUUCAACCUCAUCGUCAUCGUCACGGUUUGGAUGCAAGUAUGAUGUAUACUUGAAUUUUAGAGGUACAGAUAUUCCCAAAGUAUUCGUGGAUCACCUUCACAGAGCAUUGGCGGAUGCCGGCAUCUUGGUCUGCAAAGACGUCGAUGAACUCCGUCCUGGAGCAGACAUCUUGCCGGAGGUAGAGGAGGCUAUCAAGCAGUCGAGGAUCUCGAUAGCCAUCCUCUCCACGGAUUAUGCUUCCAGCAAACGUUGCCUCGAUGAGCUGGUACAAAUGUGGGAGUGCAGAGAAUCAAAUGAACAGACUAUUAUCCCGAUUUUCUAUGAUAUCAGUCCUUCAGAUGUAAGAAACCAGGCUGGGGAUUUUGGAGAGGCCUUCAGUCUACGUAAGACAAGGGGAGCUGACUCAGAAAACAUCGAAACAUGGAGGCAGGUUCUUCGACAGAUCGGGGGAUUACGCGGACAUAGUGCGAACCUAUAUAAGGGGUACGAGGCCCAGCUCGCAGAAGAAGUUGCUUUAAGUGUUGCGCGGAAGUUGAGGGAUGAUGGCCUAGCUGUAACCGACAAACUAGUUGGAAUUGAUCAUCAUGUUGAAGAGAUGAUGAGAAAGCUUGAUGUUGCCUCCAGUGAGGGACAAGCGACUGAAGUACGUGGAGCAGACGUACGCGUUGUUGGAAUAUGCGGUGAGCCGGGUGUCGGAAAGACUACCCUUGCAAAGGUUGUUUUUAAGGAGAUGCAUAAGUUGUUUGAAGCAAGUAGCUUCCUCGAAUGUAUUGCUUCGAAAGAAGUCCGGUUCUCACAACAAAUGUUGAUUGCUGACCUUCAAAAACUAGAACACGUACCCCUUGAAUCUUCCGAUGAAGGGACUGAGAAAAUAGCAAGUCUAUUUGGAAAUAGAAAGGUUCUCAUUGUGUUGGACGAUUUGGAUGAGGAUGAACAAAUCAAUGCAUUGGCCAAGAAGCUUACUUGGUUUGGACCUGGAAGUAGAAUCAUUGUGACAACAAACACAAGAGAGGUUUUAAGUGCUUUCGACGUUGGAGCAGAUGAUCAUGGGAGAGUUGAAGAACACGAGGUUGAACCAAUGAGUGAUGAACAUGCUCUUCAACUCUUUUGUGAGCAUGCUUUUCAGGCGCCUGCUAUCCCAGAUGUCCCCGAAUAUUAUGGCUUGUCCAGGGAGAUUGUCGAAGCAAUUAGAGGGAUUCCUUCGGAUAUUGUGCGUCAUGCUUCAAAUUUACGCUACAAUAUGGACAUAGAUAUAUGGAAGAGUACCUUGGAAUCAUUGCGAAAACACCCAAAAGAUGGUCAAGCUCUGCCUCCUCAAGGCGGUGCUCCGCAUCCUCCCGCGGUUUAUGCUCCGUCUCCUGCUGGAGAGAAGGUAAGAGAGCUGGUUAGUUUUCUCUGCAUUCCUUGACAUUAAAUACGGCGGAAUCGGUCCUCUACUUGCAGUUCGACCCAACAAAUGCUAAAAUUCGUAUACAAUGUUACAAAUCUUUUUUGACACGAAAGAUCGAACCACCGAAUUUUUAAAAUCACGAGAUCCUAUCCAAACUCCAAGCACUAUUGAUAUUGUGUAGCUGGGCCUGUCGUGUACUUUUGCUUUCCCCUGAAAUUUAAAAUAUUUCUCGAGUUUCGAAAAUAUUACAAAAAAAAAAAAAAGUAAGUGUGAAUUUAU